CAGCUUGGCAGUUUAACGCAAGUUAAAAAUAAGAAUCCCACUUGAAAAAGAUUGAUGGGCUUUCCCUGAAAUUUUAGAAUCACGCCUUUGUGACUGCUGUACUUUGGGUUUGAAAGUAGAUUAGUUUUAUGAAUUCCAGCAUUAAAAUGGGAGAUCAGCCUGUGGAUUUCCCAAAGUUCACCAUCAGCAAACAGGGAGGUGUCCAUGAUGCAGUACUAGAUUUUUGGUGUGCUAAUUGCAGCAUGUGCAUUAUUAGUGGUCAAUAACGCGUGUGCUCACCUUCCGUAUGGAGCAAUAGGUGCUGAGGCCCCAGGCUUCUGGCUCCCUGCUUACAUGUUAGUUCACCCUAUCGACUCAGCCAGACGAGACCGUUAAGGAAACCUAUCUGUUACACAAGUAGUCUUGCUUGUAUAUUAUUGAUCCAGAAAGUUACCUCUGAAAUGCCUGCCUUAUCAUCAAUGGAGCAUAGAUUGAGCUGUCCCACUCUGGUGGCUAUAUUUAUGUCUUAUUUUUGGUACUGGGCCAUCAAUGUUAUAGCUAAAGAGUCUCAAGGCCAAGAUGAGUGACGGAGUCCACAGGUUCCAAGGUUUCACUGUAGGCGAGUCCAAGUAAACCCUCGGGAUAUGUGCUCCAGCUUCAUUAAAUUCCAACAUGGAGAUGCAUGUGCCGCUAUCUGAUGUUUCCAGUGAUCUAACCAUUGAAGUCGGAACAGCAAGCUUUGCACUUCAUAAGUUCCCUCUAGUUUCUCGAAGUGGGAGAAUACGAAAACUAGUGUCGGAGGCAAAGGAUUCCAAAAUAUCAAGGUUGAAUCUCUCUGGUGUUCCUGGUGGAUCACAGGCAUUUGAGCUGGCUGCAAAGUUUUGUUAUGGGGUGAACAUUGAAAUAACAGUAUCAAACGUUGGGAUGCUGCGAUGUGCAGCUCAUUUUCUUGAAAUGACAGAAGAAUUUUCUGACAAGAACUUAGAAGCCAGAACCGAAGUAUACCUCAAGGAUACUGUCCUCCCAAGCAUACCAAACUCGAUAACUGUACUUCAUUAUUGUGAAGGUCUGUUGCCAACUGCUGAGGAGAUCAACCUCGCUAGCCGGCUAAUCAAUGGAAUUGCAAACAAUGCAUGCAAAGAGCAGCUAACUUCAGGAUUGUCCAAGCUUGAGCAUAACUUCCCUUCAAAACACUCUGGGGCAGAUGGUGAAAUACCGUCGGAUUGGUGGGGGAAAUCACUCACAUUGUUGAGUCUUGAUUUCUUUCAAAGGGUUUUGUCGGCUGUCAAAACAAAGGGGCUCAAACAGGAUAUGAUCAGCAGGAUUCUGAUAAAUUAUGCCCAAAACUCCCUUCAAGGCCUUGUAGUAAGAGACCCACAAUUGGUGAAAGGAAAUAUUUCGGAUCUUGACUUUCUGAAGAAACAAAGGGUCACUGUUGAGACGAUUGUCGGUUUAUUACCAACCCAAUCAAGAAAAAGCACAGUUCCAAUGGCAUUUCUUUCAAGCUUGCUGAAAUCUGCAAUAGCCACAUCAGCAUCCACUUCUUGCAGAUCUGAUCUUGAGAGGCGGAUCGGUCUGCAGUUGGAUCAAGCAAUUAUUGAAGAUAUUCUAAUUCCUGCACAUUCACAUGGAAACAACCACAGCCCUUUAUACGACACAGAUUCAGUGCAGAGGAUUUUCUCCAUGUUCUUAAAUCUUGACGAGGAUGAUGAAGAGGAUAAUCAACUCAGGGAUGAAAGUGAGAUGGUUUAUGACUUUGACAGCCCUGGAUCUCCAAAACAGAGUUCAAUCAUUAAAGUGUCCAAACUUUUGGACAAUUACCUUGCGGAAGUUGCACUAGACUCAAACAUGACACCAUCAAAAUUUAUAGCACUUGCAGAAAUAUUGCCAGACCAUGCUCGUAUGGUCUAUGAUGGAUUAUACCGAGCUGUAGACAUCUUUCUCAAGGUUCAUCCGAACAUGAAGGACUCAGAACGUUACCGGCUCUGCAAAACAAUAGACUGCCAAAAACUUUCUCAAGAGGCCUGCAGCCACGCGGCUCAGAACGAACGAUUACCAGUGCAAAUGGCAGUUCAAGUUCUGUACUUUGAACAGAUCAGGUUGAGGAACGCCAUGAACGGGGUGGGGGGCCACAAUCAAUUUUUCUUUGGCUCAAUGAACGGAAUAUUCCCCCAUCGCUCAGGAAGCGGUGCAGGCAGCGGAUGCAUCUCACCACGUGAUAACUAUGCAUCUGUUAGAAGGGAAAACCGUGAACUGAAGCUGGAAGUUGCAAGAAUGAGGAUGCGACUCACCGAUCUUGAAAAAGACCACGUCUCCAUGAAACAGGAGCUGGUGAGAUCACACCCUGCCAACAAGUUAUUCAAAUCAUUCACGAAAAAGUUAAGCAAGCUCAACUCACUGUUCCGGAUUAAAGACAUAAGGACUAUGGGGGGCAAGGGCAACUCGGAAAGCCGGUUACUUUUUCAGAAGAGAAGGCGCCAUUCCGUUUCAUGAACUUGUUACAUGUAUGUAAAUAGAAAUGAGUGUAUAGGAUUUUACUGUUGUGCUUUUGUCUGUGUUUUCAGGUUCGUAGUGUUCAGGUUUCCUGUGUUCUGUUUGUUGUCAAGUGAAAUGCUUGCCCGUCUAUUUGAUGCAUUCUUGAAAAGCAGAGGAUCACACACUUUUGUGUCUCCAUUCCAUAUGUACGUAGAACACAUUAUACCA